ACAUAACACAGACGAAGACUUGGUCGGAGAGAAGACUUUUCUUACUUUUGUAGAUUUAUCACCCUCCCGAUUGAAACACAAAAUUAGGGUUUCAUUUUCCCCCUUUUCGAUUUGCUUCUUCCCCUUUCAUAGCCGCUUCAUGAUGAUUCCUCCCUCGAGCUUUUGAUUCUUCUUCCUGAAUUUUGCAGAUUUUUUUCUCUCGUUAAAUUUAGAAUAAAAAUCUCUUCGACUCAAAUGGGAAAGUUUUGUUGCUUCACUUCCCCUUCCGAGGUUGUGGGAGGACAAUCAUCAUCUGGUAAAGGAAGAAGUGACGAAGGGUCGAUCAAGUACGGUUUCAGUCUAGUGAAAGGCAAAGCUAACCAUCCCAUGGAGGAUUAUCACGUCGCGAACUUCGUCAACAUCCAAGACCACGAGCUAGGUCUGUUCGCUAUCUACGACGGUCACAUGGGUGACACUGUCCCUGCCUACUUGCAGAAGCACCUCUUCUCCAACAUCCUCAAGGAGGGAGAGUUUUGGGUUGAUCCAAGAAGGUCUAUAGCAAAGGCUUACGAGAAGACGGACCAAGCCAUUCUUUCGAAUAGCUCUGACUUGGGACGUGGCGGGUCCACGGCUGUGACUGCUAUAUUGAUCAACGGGAGGAAGCUGUGGGUAGCUAACGUUGGGGAUUCACGAGCGGUUCUUUCUAGAGGAGGUAGGGCAGUGCAGAUGAGUACGGAUCAUGAGCCUCGUGCGGAACGGUCGAGUAUUGAGGAUAGAGGUGGAUUUGUAUCCAAUCUACCAGGUGAUGUUCCUCGGGUGAAUGGUCAGUUAGCUGUGUCUCGUGCCUUUGGGGAUAAGGGACUUAAGACACAUCUGAGUUCAGAGCCUGACAUUAGAGAUGUUGUUGUAGAUAGCCAGACGGAUGUUCUUCUCCUGGCUAGUGAUGGCAUUUGGAAGGUGAUGACAAAUGAGGAGGCGAUGGAGAUAGCUAAAAGGGUGAAAGAUCCACAGAAGGCGGCCAAGGAGCUAACAGCUGAAGCGUUGAGAAGAGAGAGUAAAGACGACAUAUCUUGUGUCGUGGUCCGUUUCAGAUGACAAACUCUGGAUUUGAUUCUGACUCUUAUGGAUGAUUUUGGUUCCGGUUUGGACCGGUCUAAAGUGCGUUCGUUGUUAUAUGUAAAUUUGUGUGGUUGAAGAGGAGUUGAUGGGGUGAUGGGGAUUUGAUUUGUUGAUUUUAAUAAUCGUGAUAUAAUAAUAUUAGUAGGCCUAUUUUGAAUGGUAUGUGGAAGUACUUUUUGGAUCUGUUAUAAAUAUUGGGGUUGAUCUGUUGUA